CCACCAACCAAAAUCAUAGUUCCUAACCCACACAUCACUUCCGCAGACUUAAUUCCUCGUCUAUAUCCAAACCGUCACCCAAAGGAAAACCAUGCAACUACUGCUAACCACACUUGUUUUGUGUACCAUCUCCGCCACGCUGGGCGAACAGGUCUGCUUCGGGGCCGAUCCCAACUGUCAGUUUCCUCCCGCGGAUUGCAAAGUAGGAACGCCUUCGCCUAAUGGAGCCCCACCCGCAUGCGACGUGGCAGGCACCACCCCAAUACCAACCUGGUCGACCUUCGUCCAGAACCUCGAUGAUACGUACACGCUGUCGGUGUUCAGUGAUACUGGCUGUACACAGCAGGUCUUCACAUCCACCACUACGGCGGGGGUGUGUACCCUAGUCGAAGUACCGCUCGUAGGCGCACAGUUCUAUCAAGUAACUGCAGACGCCGCCAGUUCCUCGGCAGAUGCGACUGUGACUGAUAGUGUACAACCAAGCAGCUCCAGUGUUGGCUCCACUACUCAAACUUCUGGAGAAGUGACCGGAACUACAGAUACCGCUGCGCCAACAUCGACUGCCACUGGUAUUGCCACAGAGUCUGUUCCACCAGGCAACGGGAAUACAAAUACCGGAAGUGUUACUAUGGGCUUUGGUAUCUUUACAAGUGCUGUCAUUACGUUGGCUGCUGCUGUGCUCUCCGCUUGAUUUUUUAUCACACCGCACACAUCGGUACUAUGUAGUUGUAAUAGAACACCACAGUUGAAGCCUGCGUACUAGGCCUGGUAUGUUGUCCAGGACGUAUGUAUAGAGCCUACUGUAGGAAAUACGAAUUAAACUUAAUAGCAAG